AUGAAGCUAGAAUAUCUUUUUCUUACAAGAGGUGGUUUGGUGCAGGUUAACUACUUCCCUUCAAGGUAUGACCCGGUUCGCCAUACAGAGAAGUAUCUAACUCCACCUGCAGCCAGCUAUCGAAAACGUGAGAGGUGUAUUAUUGAGAAAGAGAACAACUUCGAGAAGCCUGGAGAUAGAUACUGUUCCUUCACACUAGAGAGGAAAGAACGUUUCAUCGGUCAAUGGAUUGACGCUCUAUCAGACCCACCCUUCCAUCACACAUGA